CCAACGUUGAGAAUGAAGAAGCUGAACUGGCAGAAGCUGUCCUCCAGGGUGGUGAGAGAAAGUCACUCAAUGUGGGCUUCAGUGAGCAGCAGCAGCGAGGAAACUAUAGAACCUGAUUACACAAGCAUAGAGCAACUGUUUUGCUUUCCACAACCAACCCCCAAGGAGAAAACAGCUGCACCAGUGAAGGCAGAACCGAAGGAGAUCACAUUUUUGGACUCCAAGAAAAGUCUCAAUUUGAACAUAUUUUUGAAGCAAUUUAAAUGCUCCAAUGAAGAUGUGGCUGCCAUGGUCCAGAAUGGGGACCGGACCAAGUUUGACGUUGAGGUUCUGAAGCAGUUGCUGAAGCUGCUGCCUGAAAAGCAUGAGAUAGAAAACCUGAAGGCCUUCAAAGAAGAGAAAUCAAAGCUAGCAAACGCAGAUCAGUUUUAUCUUCUCCUCCUUCAGAUUCCCAGCUACCAGCUGCGCAUUGAAUGUAUGCUGAUCUGCGAAGAGACCACCGUUGUGCUGGACAUGAUUCAGCCGAAAGCUGAAACCAUCCGGAGAGCCUGCGAAGAUCUUCUGAACAGUCAUCGCCUGCCGCUCUUUUGUCAACUGAUUCUCAAAGUUGGAAACUUUCUGAACUAUGGAAGUCACACGGGUGAUGCCGAUGGGUUUAAAAUCAACACUUUACUCAAACUAACAGAAACCAAAGCAAACCAAACCCGCAUUACGCUGCUCCACCAUAUUCUGGAGGAAGUAGAAAACAGCCACACGGACCUACUGGAACUGCCAAAGGAUCUUGAAUAUGUUUCAAAAGCAGCAGGAAUUAAUCUUGAUAUUAUACGCACGGAGUCCAGUACCAAUUUAAAGAAGUUGUUGGAGCUUCAGCGAAAGGUAUUAUCAUCAAAUGACGAUGUGAAACAACAGUAUGAGAAACUUAUCCAGGAUAGCAUUGACGCCUCCAGAAAGCUGGAAGAAGAAUUUGAAACCAUUGAAAGGAAGAGAGAAGAACUUGCAAGUUAUCUCUGUGAAGAUCCAAACAAGUCGUCCUUAGAGGACAUAUUUAGCACCAUGAAGACCUUCAGAGAUCUCUUCAUCCGAGCCCUGAAGGAAAACAAGGACAGAAAGGAGCAAGCUGCCAAAGCAGAGAAGAGGAAGAAACAGCUGGAAGAGGAAGAGAGGAAGAGACAGAAGGGAGAAAAUGGAAAAGUCAUUAAGAAGGGGACGGUGAAGCAGGAGGAGGUGUGUGUCAUCGAUGCGCUGCUGGCCGACAUAAGGAAAGGGUUCACGCUGAGAAAGACAAAGAACAGACACGAGUCGGAUGCAAUUCCUAAAACCUCGCCUGUGGAGAACCCGGAGGAGAGCCAGUCUGGAAAGAGCCUUAAGGAUCCACAAGCAGCGGGAAAGCAGAUCAAUGAUAAGACCAAGCAAAACAACGAUGGUCAUCCCUCAGAAAGCACUCCCCCCUCAACCACUGCCCUGAUGGAGACGGGUGGAGAUGUUACAAAUGCCUCAGCUUCAAACCAGGCAUUAUCUAAAGACAGUGAUGGAGGAAAUUUGCCACCAGAGUCCCAGAUGGAAAGCCCCUCAGUAAGCGUGGUGGAAGCUGAUGGGGCUGGUCAGCCCAUGCCGGGCACCGGGAUGAAGCAGGCAGACAGCUGGGCAAGCCUCCGGCAGAGCAUGAAGAGCGACUCCAUUGCCUUCUCUGCUGCUAACAUAGGCAUGGGGAUAAGGUUUGUGAGCAGUGGUUCAGGCACUGCUCUGAGAGACCAACUUAACGGGUCCAUCUCAGAAGGCCAGGACAAGGAACGCCCAGCUGAUGGCUCAGAGAGCUACAGGCUGGCACCGGAACCAGAAACCUGGCCGAGCAAGACUGGAGUCGACCCUGGCAGCGCUCAGUCCGCUCCCUGUGAUGAGGCUGAUCAGGCAGAGUUGAAAGAGAUGGCAAAGGAAAAUGAAGACCCUGGUACAGACUCGCUGUUGGACACCUCUCAAGAGAAGUCCUUCUCAGAGGAGCCAGCCACCGACUCCUCUUGCUCGGCAACGCUCCCCCCAGAGCAAACUCACACCGACAGGGAAAAGCAGAGGCCAUCUGGGAAACGGAGGAAGAAGAAGAGGCACAGCAAAAGCUACUCAGCAGAGGUUGAGACUGAUACUGGAGAUAAUAAAACAAAAAAAGGUUGUGUGGUACAAUGA